AUGAAGGAGGUGGAGGCCACGCUGGCGCCGCCGUGCCCCGCGGUGGCGGGCGCGGACGUCGCCGCCCUCGACACCACGAUCGAGGAGCUCGGCGCCCUGGCUGCGGCAGACCCGCGCGGCGGGUGCGCUGAGGAUGCGGGCUUUGAUGGCCGAGGCGGCGCUGGUGGCGCCGUCGCGCUCGACGCCGAGCCCGACGCCGCGGUCCCUCGCCCGCCUCGACGUGUGCCGAGGGCUGCCCGGAUGCCCCGCGCCGCGCCCAAGCCGCCCCUGGACACCGAGGCUGCCGCGUCGGCGGCGGCGCUGGCGGUCCACAGGCGCAGGGGCGCGGCCUCGGAGCGGACCGCCGAGGCCAGGAGGAGCCUCUCGCCGCCGCCCUUGGCCGAGCUGGCGGCCAUCGGGGCGAAGCUGGCUGCCGCGGAG